ACCAAGCCCUCCGCCGUUGAGCUCAACCCCGGCAAUCAUUCACCAGCGCCCCUGUCACCGCAACAACGAAAACAUCGAAACUCCAUCUCGCAUCCUUCUCAAAACAAAGAGAAGAGAGCAAGCGCAUCGUCAUAUCGAGACCAGCAUGGGACAUCUUUACUCUGGGAUCAUAUCCUGAGGAUAUCCAUACCAUUUCCACCCCGUCCACAUCAGCCAUGUCCCUUGUUCCCUACCACGAGCGCGAAGGUCGCGAGAUUGUUCUCCGUCACCACAACUCCAUCGUCGUCCGCGACCCCACCUCCCAGCGUCUCGAGAUCCGCGGCCUCGAACUGACAAAAUGUCCCACCUGCCACCAAAGCCUGCGAACAUCAUCCCCAGAGAGGCGCUUUGAGCCCGCAACGAGCCAUGAAACCUACGUCAAUCCCGAUUACUUCCGCAUGCUGCGCGCCGGCCAGUAUCGACGGAACCACACGCAGCCUCUCCCGCCACCGUCGAGUCCUAUCCGGCGGUUGGUCGAACCGUUUCCGGCCUCGGUAUCUGAUGAAGACGGGAGCGAGCUUGGACGGCAAGACGCCGAGUCUGUGAGGAGCUCACCGGCGCCUCACCAGGGCGGCGGCCGCAUUCGACGAGAGGCGUUCAGCCCGAAUUACUUUAAUACUUUCUUUAUCGAGGAGCGAGAGCUUGGCCGAGGCGGCAAGGGUGUUGUCUUGCUUGUGCGGCACGAGAUUGACGGCUGCUUUCUGGGAGAGUUUGCCUGCAAAAGGGUGCCAGUGGGAGAUGACCACGCCUGGCUUGAAAAGGUGUUGGUAGAGGUUGAGCUGCUUGCGAAGCUCUCCCAUCCCAACCUUGUCUCCUACCGGCACGUCUGGCUUGAGGACUAUCAGACCAGCCAGUUUGCGCCUGUAGUUGCGUGCGCAUUCAUCCUGCAGCAAUACUGCAAUGGCGGCGAUCUGCUGCACUACGUCAUUGGCGACAUGCCGAGGGAGGCCACGAAGGAGCAGCUCAAGGCCCAGAUGCGCCGUCGCUCCAAAGGCCAGACAGAACGUCCCAAGAUGCAGCGUCGCUUGCCCCCUGAGGAGAUUUACUCGCUCUUCAAGGAUAUUACGUCCGGCUUGGCCUAUCUGCAUGCUGCAAACUACAUCCACCGCGACCUGAAACCUAGUAACUGUCUACUGCAUCGCGAGGGGGCUCAUUUGGUUUGCCUGAUUAGCGACUUUGGGGAAGUCCAACCGGAACAUGCGGUUCGUAAGUCGACCGGUUCGACGGGUACGAUCUCGUACUGCGCGCCGGAGGUUCUCAAAAAGGAUGUCACGGGGAGGUACGGAAACUUUACCACCAAGUCAGACAUCUUUUCGUUGGGGAUGAUUCUGUAUUUCAUGUGCUUUGGCAGGUUACCCUACCACUUUGCCAACGCGGUGAAUGAGGAGUUGGAGGAUAUCGACCAGCUCCGCGCCGAGAUUACGGACUGGAAGGGGUUUCACGAUGAGCGGAGGGAGCGGCCGGAUCUGCCGCACAAGCUGUAUCAGUUACUUCAGAAGCUUCUGGCGGUUAAUCCGCUCGAGCGGCCUACUGCUAACGAGGUGCUUGGUGCGAUGAAGGGGGAGAUGCCGUUGGAUGGGGUGAACGGGAUGCGUGGGGGGAGGAACAACUCGGACGGGAUGGGGGGGCAUAGGAUUCAGAAUUUGGAGGAGCCGGGUCUGAUGAGGCCGGAGGGGACGAAGCAGGCGAGGGUGAAUUCUCUUACGGAGGAGGAUGAUUUUGCUGCUGUUUCGCAGACUUCGGCGGUUUCACUUUUGCAGAAGAGGAUGAUGAGGGCUCCGAGGCAUAGAGGGUCGGGAGGGGAGUUGACUUUGGGGGGCAGGAGGAGUGAGGAUGAUUCGCCGGAGGGGGAGGCGGCGGCGGCGAGCAUUACCACGCCUUUGUUGAUGCCGCCGCCUACUACUGCGCUGGAGAGGGUGAGGAAUGGGGCUGUGCUGGCGCAGUGGAGGGUGAGGAGAUGGGGGGGGGAGAAUGAGGUUUUGCUGAGGGUGGGGGUGUUUGUAGGGAAGAUGGUGAGUCUGAGUUGGGUUUGUUGGCCUUACAGUUCUUCUGUGGUGGUGAUGGGGUUGUUGGUGGGGAUGGCGACGGUGGAUUUGGUUGGGCUUAGCCGGGGGAUGGGGGAUAGGGAGGGAGAUGGGGGUGGGGUUGUUGGGGGGGAGGGAGGGGGAGCUGAUGAUGGGGGUGGUAGUCCUGUUGUUAUUAGGGUUGGUCCUGAUGGUAGUCCGAGGGUUGUGCACCCGGUUGGUGGUGGUGUAAGGAACUCGGGCUGGAUGGUAGGAUGGAGGAGGAGUUGGGUGUUGCUCGGGGCGCACUUUGUUGUGUUAUGGGUUGCGUCCCGUGCUGCGGUCCUUUGUGCGGCGGCGGUGCCGAUUGUGAGGAGGGGUGAUGAAGAAUGGGAGGGUUGGUUGUGA